AUGUAUAAAGAAGGUGAAGAUAGCUACGAGCAACUUGGACCUAGCGGAGCGGCGCCUGCACCACCACCGCCGCCGCCGCCUCCAGCUGAGACGAAACCAAGAGAUGAAGCGAAAACAAAAACCAACACUGUGGGUCAAUUUGCUCUGAGGCAUAGGCCAGGCGAUGAUGUAGAUCUCAGUUCUGACCAUGAACGCGCCACUUUGACAGGCGGCGCAAUCAGUGAUGAGAAAAUGUCAAGAUCGAGGGAUAAAGAAAAAGACAAAAAGCUAGAAGAGAAGCCAUUUAUGCUGGACAUCAAGCCUUAUAAAGAGCCUACCAUGCUAAAAUUCUGUCACAUUGUCACAUUGUUGCUGCUAGUGUUAAGUUUUCUGCUAAUGGCACUAACAGUUGUGCAGUUCGUCGACAUCUUCGUCUGGUUACCACUUCUGUUUGGCGAUACAGCAUGA